AUGGAUCAAUGUGAUUCUUCAAAAUUGAAAAUAGAUUAUUUAAGUUAGGAAAUCUCAAAUCUUAGUUAAAGAUUGGAUGAAUAAAUUAACAUCAACUAAUAGUAUUAAAGUCUAAUUAAUGGACGAACUGAUAUGAAAAUGCUAUUGAGUGUUAUGCAAUCAGAAUAAGAACUUUUGAAAUAAUAAAUAACAAAAUUACUUAACGAGAGAAAUGAAGCUGUAUCAAAAGUAUUAUGAUAUUUAAAUUCAGGUUCUAAUUCUAGAAUAAAUACUUUAAGCAACACAAUAAGAAAAUGAUUUCAUUCUCUAAGAAUCAGAACAAAGAAUUAAACAACUGUAAGAUCAAAUAAAAUACUAUGAAUAAUCAUAAUAUAAUUUAAACCUUUAUGAAAAUGAUCCUCAAAAUCAAGGAUAUUUAAUAAAGUAUAAAUAAGUAUCAAUAUUAUAUAUUCUUUAGAUAGUGAAUGUAAAUGAAGCUACAUUGAGAUUAUAAUAGGAGAUAGAGAGUUAUAAGGUUCAAUUGGCUUUAUCUCAUAUGAAAAUAAGCAAAUUAAAAGAGUCAAAAUAUGAUUUAAUUUAGUUAAACUUUGUAAAACAGAAAUAUAAUAAAUUUUAGGCUCUCUCAAAUGAAAUAUGUAGAUUAAAGAUGUAACCAAAUUAAGGAGUAAAAAAUGUAGAUAAAUAUAUCUCUUAAUUAAUUGAAGUGUAAAAGAAAAUGAUUUAGAUUGAUGAUGAUGAAUCAGAUAAGGAUUGCACAUCACCAAUGGAAGAUAGAAUUCACUUUUGCUAGAAUAAACGUAUUAAUUAAUCAAUAUCGAGAGACCAUUUUCACUUAGCACAAUAUGCCAAAAUUAGAUUUGAAGAGAGCCCAAUAAAUAUAAGCAUAUACUUUAUAAUAAAUUACUAUGAAAUAAUAAAAGAUUCAAGAUUUAAAUCAUUAAGAAGAAUUAUCUAAAUGGAUAACAGAAUAUAAAUAUUUGAAAAAUAAUUAUGAUGCUUCUAAAAUAUUGUAUGAUUAAUUGAAGAUUUAAUAUGAAGAUUUACAAAGAAAUUAUAAUGAAACAUUAUCAAUUAAUGCUACUUUAAUUAGAGCAAAUUAAAAUUAUGAAGAGAAAUGGUAGAGUAUCAAUAAAAAAUAUAAUAUUUAUAAAUAAUUCUAUAUAUAGAAUAAGGAUUAUGUUGAUAUUUUCAAUAAAAGUUUGAGCAAUAAAAAGUUAUAGGAAUCUGUAUCUGAGAGAAAAGAUUUAUUUGAAUUUUCAAUAUAAGAUUCAAAAUUAAGACCCUAAUCUUUUUUGAGAAGAUCUAGUGUUAAUGUUGUUGGAUUAACAUCAGUAGAUUCAACAGCAAAUUGCAUUAAUUAUAAAGAUAAAAUAAUUUAGAUGACUAAAGAUGUUUUCUAAAUAUUUAAGAAAAAACAUAAUGAAAAUGAAAGUAGUGAUGAAGAUAUUCCAUAAUUAAAUUAAAUGAAGAGAGAAUUCACUGUAUCCAAUCAUUUUUAAACUAAACAAAAAUAAGCAAAAAUAUGA